GUUGCAGGUAAAGGAAGGGACAUUUGAGCCGCGGGUGUGAUGGCUUCAGUUUUGCGCAGCCAAUCAACGCGUAGAAGUUCCGGGAUCAGCCCCACGCUACUCGUACGCACCUCCUUCCCCAAACUUACUUCGUACCUUUUCAAUAUACCUCAAAUGGUGGUCAUGUCGCAAAUUCGGGUUUCGUGCACCACCACUGCUGCAUAGUGCUUACUUCCGAGACAGGCAGCCCCCAAUACACCAUUGUUCAUGCAGGUACUGCGAAUUGCUGACGCAUCAAGCCUGAACACAAGCCACUAUGUUUCGGUGCCUGACUCUGGCCGCCACAUGGAUCGGUCUGCAGCUUGUCAAUCCCACAGCAAUCGGCAUUCCAGACGACCUACCUCUUGGCUGUCAACAAGUAAUCGUUUUCCGCCUCAUCAAAUGGGGCUUGGCUGCUUGGACCACUUUUGAAGCCAACGCUGUGCUCAACAAACUGGCUGACAACAGGUGGAGCUGGAGGAAUGACAGGAGUAACUGGCACUGGUCCAAGGAGGUCGCAGUCGUUACUGGUGGCUCGGCGGGGAUUGGUGCUUGUGUCGUCCAGAAGCUUGUAUCACAUGGUGUCAAGGUCGCAGUCCUCGAUAUUGGGGCGUUGUCCAGCCAAUUCACCGAUGCUGAGCGAAAACUGAUCCGGUACUAUCGCUGCGAUGUCACUUCGAGGAACGAUGUUCACAAGGCUGCAGAAGAUGUCCGUUCUGAUCUGGGCUCACCCUCAGUCUUAAUCAACAAUGCGGGCAUCGGAAAUGCUUACACCAUCCUUGAAAUUCCAACUGAAGCGCUGAGGCAGCUUUUCGACAUCAACCUGAUCAGUCAUUGGAGUACCGUUCAGGAGUUUCUGCCGGACAUGAUUGCCAACAAGAAGGGCCAUAUCAUGAGCGUCGCUAGUCUAGCCUCAUUCGUAGCUCUCGCCGGCGCAGUCGAUUACAGCGCUACUAAGGCAGCCCUUCUUGCUUUUCACGAGGGCCUCACCCAGGAGUUGAAGCAUCGAUACAAGUGCCCGCAGAUCAAGACAACCAUCGUCCAUCCGGGCUGGACGAAGUCGGCAAUAACGUCUCAUGAAGCGAUCAAAGCAGGGCUGAAGCAAGCCAGAGCUACUCUUCUGGAGCCUGAGGAUGUCGCUGACGCGAUGGUCAAGCAGAUCAUUGCAGAAAGGAGUGGACAAAUUGUUCUAGGUCCAGCGAUAUCGCCCAAGAUCCGCGCAUUUCCCAUGUGGCUGCAGGAGAUUAUCAGAGACAGCCAAGCUAAUGUGGUAUCUGGGAAUGGAUCAACUGCAGACGCGGCGACAUGAGAUUGAUGAGAAGGCCACGGUCAAGAUACUGCAGGAAGUCGAGACUGCUAAUUGGGGGCCGGGAACCGGAUAUGAUAUGGGGUGUGGGCGACACCGACAGCAACCGAUGUGCAUAAGCAGCACGGCAAAGCAACUUCAAGAUGUGAUCACCGUCUGGACGAUUGCGACAAGCGAGAUCGCGACUUUCCAGCGCGUAUCUGCAGAGGGCAGCAGCCGUGUAUAUUGCAGUGCCCCGGCUAGCGUACCAACCGCAACGAGCUUCCCUCACGAACGAAUCCCAAAUCUUCGCAAGUCGCAU